CUUCUCCAGGGGUGGAAUCGGCCCUGGAGCGCCGGAACCUUCUGUCCGCACCCCUUCCUUGCCGGCCGGCACUUCGGUUGCACAGUUUUCCAAGCCUCGAGACUUAGUGAGCAGUUCCGAUGGCUGGGAAUAAAGGAAGAGGACGUGCUGCUUACACCUUUAAUAUUGAGGCAGUUGGAUUUAGCAGAGGUGAAAAGUUACCUGAUGUAGUAUUGAAGCCACCCCCACUAUUUCCUGAUACAGAUUAUAAACCAGUGCCACUGAAAACAGGAGAGGGUGAAGAUUAUGUGCUGGCCCUGAAACAGGAGUUGAGAGAAACAGUGAAAAGAAUGCCUUAUUUUGUAGAAACACCUGAAGAAAAACAAGAUAUUGAAAGAUAUAGUAAAAGAUAUGUGAAGGUGUACAAAGAAGAGUGGAUACCAGAUUGGAGAAGACUCCCUAGAGAGUUGAUGCCAAGAAAAAAAUGCAAAAAAGCAGGCCCCAAAUCCAAAAAGGCAAAAGAUACAGGCAAAGGCACUUCACUCACUAAUACUGCAGAUGUAUUGAAAAAAAUUGAGGAAUUGGAAAAGAGAGGUGAUGGUGAAAAAUCAGAUGAGGAAAAUGAAGAGAAAGAAGGAAGCAAAGAGAAAAGUAAAGAAGGUGAUGAUGAUGAGGAUGACAAUGCUGCAGAACAAGAGGAAUAUGACGAAGAAGAGCAAGAAGAGGAAAAUGACUACAUUAAUUCCUACUUUGAAGAUGGAGAUGAUUUUGGUGCAGACAGUGAUGACAACAUGGAUGAAGCAACCUAUUAG